AUGAGCCUACCACGACGUGUCCCCUGGGCUUCCAGUCAAGACCUCAAACAACUCAAUGACCUCUUGUUUGCACCUUCGGCAGAUACGGACUCUCGUAGACGAGCUCUGUCUCGGUUGAGCAUAUACAUAUCUUCUCCGAAUUGUCCCGUAUUCAUCUUGCUCACCCACGAUCUAGUCUCCGCUUCGUUCUUACCUGCCAAGUCUUCAGAGGAACGUCAAACAGCGAGGAUGGCAUGUGGGAUGGCCGUUGUCAGAUUCAUAAAUGGUUUGGUGGAUCCACUUCAAACAGGAAUGAUGGCACAACCCAUUUCACAUCUCGCUGCAACCCUACAAAUCCCUCAAUCUCUCAUCACACUGCGUCAUCGAUGCACUCACGAAGACCUCCCUCCUUACCCUAUGCUACUCCAAGCGGUCUAUACCGCCAUUCAAUACCUUCAUCAACAUUCUUUCCUCCCUCUCGUCAGUGCCGCCGUCAACACCGAAAACGUCAAAAUACGGAAAAGUCAAGAAUCCAUCCAACGCUGGAAGAGGGUGAUGAAGAUUCGUCUAAGGGAAAGGGUAGAAGGUGAGGAUAAUGAGACUGGAAAACAAAUGAGAGAAAUCAGGGAGGAUAUGACUUGCGAUCUUGAAGAUAUCGCUGAAGCUCUUUGCGGAGCUGACGGAUUGGUACCUACUACCCAAAAAAAUCGACCACUGAUGAGUGAUCAACAACCCACCAAAGCUUCUUUGAUGAUUUGGCAGGAUCUACUGGCCUAUCUUCAAUGGAAUCAUUGGUCUGGAUUCAUAGAAGUCCUUUCCAAGGAGAUUCUAUAUCAUGUCAUCCCGCGAAAGGGUGAGAAGACCCAAGAUGAUUCGUUCAGAUGGUCUCUGGCUGUAUGGCUGCUUUAUAUGUGGAAAGGGUCAGAUGAAAUGGGUGUCAAGUUGGAAGAAGAGGAGAAGGCAAUUUUGACAAAAACUUUACUGCAAUCUCUUAUAAUACCAGACACUGUGCUGAGAAACCUGUGCGAAGGUAUAACUAGUGUAGAUCCAAUUUUCGCCAAAUCAUACAACAAUCUGAAAGAUUUACUACCGGAAGAAGAAACACAUUUGGUAGGAUUAGAAGCUCCAGAAGAAAAGACAGUCAUUCCUUUGGAAAAGUGGCAACAGGUCUUGGAAGAAAUGGAAGAGAAGCUCAAUAACUUGAACAAGAACGGGAAGGCUCGAAAACGUAAAAGAAGUACCAAGAUCAAGAAAGAUGAAGUUAGAGGAUGGCAUCGUUUGAAUCACGAAGAAUGGACGGAUUGUCCUAUAGCCGUUUAG